AUGGUAAACUUUUCCUUGACUAGUUUUAUAAACACUACAAAUAUCACCAGAAGAGAAGGCGACAGAGAUGUCUCAUCGAUGGCUGAUUCUAUAAUCAUAAUCAUCAUUAACACCAUCACUUUUCCCUGCACAGUUAUUCUCAACGUACUUGUGAUAAAGGCUGUGAAAACGACGUCUCGACUCCGUACCAACAACAACAUCUUGCUGGCCUGUUUAGCGGUGACUGACGCAUUGACUGGUCUCCUUGGCCAGCCAUUGUUUAUCCUGUGGAGAAUUUUCCUAACAUUCGGUCUCAGUAACAGUGAAACGGUUGGAAUUUCUUUUAUCUCGUCUCUACUUACUACCCUUGUUGCUUCCUACUUUCAUCUGAUGUUGGUUACUUUCGAGAGACUCAUAGCUAUCAAAUUUACAAUGCAGUACUCAAACAUUAUAACUGAGAAGAAUAUGAAGAUAGCAGUGAUAGUAGUUUGGAUCACUGCGUCCAUUUAUGGGGUUUUAAGAGGAAUGAAAAAAGUCCUAGCAGCACGUUCUUUCACAGGCCUACUCACCAUUUCAUGUAUUCUCUUUCUUACUUUCGCUUACCUCAUCAUGUAUCGAGAAACUGCUCGCCACAAAGAGAAGAUAAAAACUCAACAACUGCCCCAAGAAGAUGUGGAAAGAUUUCUGAAAGAGAACAAAGCACUUAAAACAACUCUCUUUGUCGUUGGUGCUGUUCUUGUUUUCCUUCUUCCAGUUGGUUUCUUUUUUAUUUUUAUAGUCACGGGCCUUUAUAAUAUUUUCCCCAUAAACUUACCAUCGAUACUUACAUGCGCCAUGCUAAACUCGCUUGUUAAUCCACUGAUUUACUGCUGGAGACAAAAAGAAAUGAGAAAUGUCAUUUUUGGAAUGAGAACUCAUGUCGUGCAUUUAGACAUAAGAAACCGAUAAACGAAACUCGCUAGUUAUUGUUUUAUAUGAGACUUGCAUUUUCUUUUACGAGAAGUAAUUCGAUAAUUAACCUUAUGCAAAAUUACCAACAUCGGAGGAAAUCGGCAAUCAGUGGAAAUCCUUUCUUUCUAAAGGUGUUGGCGCUUGUCCCAAUUUUGAACUUGACUUUGACUUUUAUAACGCAGAUUUCGAUUGUCCUAUGAAAUGUCAGUUGUGCGAUUUGAUUGGCUUUUAGGAAAGAGAGCAUUUAUUAGGAAAUUAAACAUUUCUCGUACUUUAGUAAAAAUACAGACAACUAGCUGCUUCUGAAUCUAGUUUUAUUGUUGACACAGCCGAUAAUCAAAUUAAAAUAACUGGUUUUACCAAACUUUCGAGAACUUUCGAUCAUGCAACUGAGACCUUUGAUAUCCACCUGUUUUUGUUUUUUUUAGAGCUGGAAAGCCAUUGUUUACACGCCUGAAGUUUCAUUUGCGUAUUGCAACUCGCACCGACCGUUUUUAAAAUACCUUAU